AUGGUGCCAUUAUUCCAAAUAAUAGCAGUCCAAUUUAUCCAAAUCCAAUCAUUACUUGAGUUUCCAAGCUCAAGAAAUGUGCAAAAGUUUCUUCAUAAACUAUAUUAAGUAGAGUAAACAAAAUAACAGGUAUUUCAAACAUUAGUAUUAAAAUUAAAUCAAUUUUUUUACUGACCAUCCUGUCAAGAAUAAUAAUUAUUAAAUAAAACGAAUUGAUCAAUGAAAUUAAAAAUGACUGUGUUAAAGAGCUUUCUUGUGAUCCAAUUAAUACUAUAAGAAAUAAUAACUUUUUAGCAACAAUCACCCCUUCAUGCUUAAGGCUCUUCCUUUUCAUAAUAUCAAUUUACGAAUCUUUUUAUGAGAAAAUUUAAGAGAUUAAUAUUAAAAUACAAGUUAUAAAAGAAUACGCAAGUAUAUUUUAGAUAUAAUUUCUCAGAUUAUUUUCUUUUUUUGAAUAGAGAUAUAUCAAAGUCUUAAAAAGAAGAUUCCAACUAUUUGCUUAUAUAACAUAUACUAGGCCUUUAAAUGAUAAUAUUUAAUUAAUAGUCAUCCCUAAUUUAUUCAAUUUAUGUAUGA